AUGCUUCUUAUAACUGCACUUCUGUUCUUCUCUCUUCUGGAUGUCAGCGCUCAAACGUCGCAGGUAGAAUCGUUGACAGAACUCAUGAAAGAUGACAUCGACGAUCUCCUUGAAACGAAGAUUGGAGACCUGGAAUGGAACGGUGAAUUGGCGAAAGAAGCGGAGAACGAAUUAAAAACGCACUCGAAGACGGAUUCAAGAAAAGCUGACCUGAAGCUCGAAGGGACAGCUGAUGUCAAGGAUGAAAACAAAGAGCAAGCGCUUCUGGAACUCCUCCUACGCAUCCUUGGAGAAAACGAAGACAAAGUUCGCGGUAUUUCGCCAGGUUCACAAUAUGGAUGUGGCAGCUUGUACGAAAUGGAUGAAGACCACUCUACCAGUCAGGUCAAGCUCGCUUGUCUCUUCCGUUGGACGCAUCUUGCCUGA